AUGGGGUUCAAGAGAGGAAGUGUAGACAAAACCUUGUUUAUUCCGCAAGUGGACAGAGAAAUGCUGAUUGUGCAAAUCUAUGUUGAUGACAUAGUCUGUGGAAGCACUCACCAACAUCUCGUGAACCUGUUUGUGAAAGCUAUGACUCAAGAGUUUGAAAUGAGCAUGGUCGGUGAGAUGAACUACUUCUUGGGAAGAUAUGCAAAGAGUCUUAUUCAACGGUUUGGGAUGCAAACUAGCAAAACUGCUAGAACACCAAUGAGCAUGACCACUAAGCUAUCAAAGGAUGAGAGUGGAGAUUUAGUUGAUGAGAAGCUCUACAGAGCUAUGAUUGGAAGCGAAUCCAAAGCAUCUCACUUAAAUGCAGUCAAACAGAUUCUGAAGUAUGUCAAAGAUUGGGCAGGAAACCUAGAUGAUCGAAGGAGUACUUCUGGUGGGUGUUUCUUUUUGGGGAACAAUUUGAUUUCAUGA